AUGAGCGGGUUAAUUAUAAAGAGAAUUUUCUGGUCCUUUGGAGCUGUUGCUGAACUCUUUCUAUUCUCAGGUGUCGCUUUUGGCUUUCCUUUCAUCGAAUAUGAGCUGAAAUCAGAGGGAAUCUUUUACGAAACAAAAUGCUCAAAUGGAACAGAUGACAUUUGGGGCCCUGGAAAGAAACUCUGCAACGACGCUUUGAAAUUGUACAAUACGUUGUUUACUGUAGCAGUGGUUUCCUGCACGAUAGGAGUGUUUUUGACUGGAUUUAUUCUGGACAAGAUCGGGAUGUUUUGGACGAGGAUGUUUUACUGCACCAUUACGACUCUAGGCUAUGUAAUGAUGGCUCUUUAUACCUCCAAUGAGCUUUUGCUUUUCCCCGGUCUGGUCUUUCUCGCUUGGUCUGGCCUUGCAUACCUGGUCAUCAACAAUGUUUGCGUCUCAAUAAUGGGCAGAUUCGCUGGAGUCUCCGUUAUCAUCUUUUCCGGAACAACAUUCUUCAUGAUGCCAUACGCAAUGCCGGGCAAAGAAUGGGCCGAGGGAAACUUUUUGCGGUCGAAUAUUGUGUCCAAAUGUCAGAAAGUAGGCGAAAACUCCGAAAUCAAGGAAGAAAAAUCGGAAAAGAAUGAGCCUGAAAAAGAGAAAAUUCCGUUGAAAGAAAGCUGUCUCAAUCCGACAUUUCUCUUAUUUGCCACUGUUUUUGUUGUUUAUUCGACGAGGGUUAAGGCUCUCCAAGGCUGGAUCUAUCCUUGGAUGGAAUGGUCGUACGCCAAAGUCCCGGGAGACGGAGCAGAAAUUGAAGCACAUGUUGGAAAUCUCCUCGAAAUCUAUGGGCUGCUUCUUUUUGCCUCGCCACUGUUCGCCGCGCUGCCAGAACUAUUUAGCUGGGUCGGAAGCAAGUUGAAUAGAAAUGGAAUUCUCAACGGAGAUAUGAUUUCUUUGACGAUAAUCAUGAGUUAUUCAGCCAUAGCGUGCUCGGUUUGCUCGGGUCAGAUGAUGUAUCGGGCGAAGGAUUUGGACGAUAAUGCGAAUGCAUAUGCGCUGAUAGUGAUUUUUUCGAUUGCGAAGACGAUUGUUUAUGCUGCUCCGAAUAUGUUUCUUUUCUACAUGUUCCCUCCUGAGCAUUUCGGCUCCCUCUACGGCAUCCUCACGGCUCCUGGAAUCGUCACCAUGUGGUUCAUCGACCCUCUUUUCCGCCUGAUUCUCGGCGACUCCGAAAGUCUUGCUGAUGCUGAUUUCGCACCAGUUUCUAUCGGAUUCGCCGUGCUUUGCGGAGUUGGUCUCGUUCAAGUCUUUUUGCCGAAAAUUGGUCUGAUUCCGGCGGCGAAAAGAAUGUGCAGGGAGCGACAGAUUCAGUCAGAAAGAACGAAUGAAGAAUCGCAUGGAAUUGAUAAUAAAGGAUUCGAGUUGGAGAAAUCAGAAGAUAUGUUUUGA